AUAGUACAAAAGAAGAUUUUAAAAAUUGUACUGUAAGCAAUAGAGAAGAUACAACAACUGGUCCAACCAAUCAGAAAGAGAGUAAUAUAGUAGAAAGGAAAGAAAAUCCAUAUACCUCUACCAAGGCCAACGAAAACAAAACAAGCAGCAACUUGGUUCUACCCAGACAUUUACAUGCUGGCACAAAUUUUGAGCAGACUAGAAAAACAGAAAACCAAAAGUAG